AUGCAAUCGCCGGCGUCAUCGGUGGAAGAGCCGGCUGAGUCCGACCAAAGACCGGCUCCUGCGGAUGGGGAGGUGGGUGGCCGGUCUUUGGAGCCAUGUUGCGAUGGUGGGGUUGGGCAGUCUUGCCGCGUAGAGAGCCAGCAAGCGUCGUUGUCUGGGCAAGACCACCCCGCGCAGCCUGAGCAAGAGUUUGUGGUGGCAGGCUACUGGGGUCGUGGCUUGCCCAUCCAAGCAGUGUACAAGGGCCGUUCCCGUCCUAUUCACGAUGGAGGCGGCUUGUGCUCUCCUGGCAGAUGGCCAAUCAAGCAGCGCCAGUUUCCUCAGUCACAAGCUUUUGCCAAGGCCAGAACCUGCGUGUGCCGCUCUUUCAUGGCUUGGCUGAAGCAGAGUGACGAGCAGGGCAAUGAUGCGCUGAAACUUUUCUGGUCUCUGGCAGCGGGAAAGCGGCAGCGUUCUCCCUUCGAGGCUGCCGCCCUGCAGCGAGCGCGGGCAGAGCUUGAUGGUGUGUUGCGUGCUGAGGGAGUGUGCCCGGACCGUCAAGCAACUGACAGGCAGACCGAAAUAAACUUUCGCAGGGUGGCUGCAUUGUUGGAGCUAGCCGGCGACCCGGACUUCGCCUUUCUGAACGAGCUGGCUAGCGUUGGUGCGUGCUUGGGCGUGGGUGAAGUGCUGCCUCGCGUCCCUGCAGUGUUCGAGGCGAAGACUCGCUGGAAGCUGUCCGAGCCGGGAGGUGAUUUUGAGCCAACGGUGUGCGCAAACUACAAGUCGGCAGAAGAGAACAUGGAGGACAUUCGCAGACAGAUUGUGCAAGAGCUCCACAAAGGCACGGUCGUGUCGAUGACGAAGUCUGAAGCGCAGCGCAAGUUUGGGAACAAGCUUGCAGUUGCCGCCCUUGGCGCGGUGCCGAAGGAGGUGGGCACAUCGGAGGUUCGCAUCAUACAUGAUGCGACACACAACGUCGAGGUGAACCCUCGGAUCCGAGUCCGGGAUCAAAUACGUUGUCCGAGGAUUGAUGACCUGGAUGGACUGUUGCGGUUGCUUGUUGCAGAGUGUUCACGGGAUCCCACAAUCCGCUUCUGCUUGAAGUACGAUGUCUCCAGAGCGCACAAGCUAGUGCCCAUCAGGGAGGAGGACUGGGCUUAUCAAGCGUUUUCUUUAGAUGAUCCUGACAUCAUCUACAUGCACACGGUCGGGGCAUUUGGACUAGCGUCGGCAGCGUAUCACUGGGCCAGGGUUGCAGCGGCCAUCGUUCGUUUGUCGCAUUACAUGUCGGACGUCGCAUCCGCGCUCUAUCACUUAUUGUACUCCGAUGAUGGGUUGUUGUUAGCCACUGGCAAAGAUUUUUGGCGGCGUCAGAUGUUCUGGUUGUAUGUCUUCGAGCUGCUGGAGGUUCCGCUAUCGUGGAAGAAAGUGGCAGGCGGGGCUUCGCUGAGCUGGAUCGGCUAUCAGGUCGAUGUUGUAUCUUACCAGUCCGGCAUUGGGCCCACCAAAGUUGGGUGGUUGGUGCGCUGGAUCGACGACCAUCUGCGAGAAGGGCGGGUGCAAGUGCAGCACAUGCGGGCCGCGUUGGGCAGAUUCUCCUUCAUUGCGGGAGCUUUGCCACAUGUGCGGCCAUUUCUGGGUCCCAUAUUUGCGUGGUGCGCGGCACAGGACGCAGGCGAAAGCCAGCUCCCUCUGGGCGUGCGGCUCAUUCUUGAACAUAUUCGGCAUGAAGUGGUUUGCGCAUCUAUGACCCCGCCCAGGCCUUUGCCGACUCAGGUAGGAGAGUUAUUCCGAGUUGACGCCAAGGCCCAAGGCGACAAGAUCGUGAUAGGAGGCUGGGAGUGUCUCGGCAGCGUAGGCCCCAAGGACGCACGCUGGUUCUCCGUAAAGCUGGACAGAACGACGGCGCCUUGGGCCUACGUCAAAGGCGACCCCUACCGGACCAUCGCCGCGCUCGAGCUUAUGGCCACCCUGGUUGCAGUGUGCGUGUUUGGCCACGGAGCUGUGUGGAAAGGUGCAGUAGCAACUGCGACAGUGGCGGGCUUCACCGAUAAUAUGGGCAACAGUUUCGUCGUGGACAAGCACAUGACGACAGCUUUUCCACUUUGUGUUGUGCUGAUGGAACUCUCGGUGCAACUCAAGGACUUGGGCUGCACUCUGAACCUGGGCUGGGUACCAAGGGAGCAGAACACAGAAGCGGACGCUCUUACCAACGAGGACUUCACAGCGUUCGACCCAGCCAAGCGCAUGCAGGUGGAGCCAGGGAACCUUGGCUUCAGGGUGAUGCCGCGCUUGAUGGAAGCGGCCAUGCAGCUGGACUCGGAAAUCAAGCUCUCGCGCAGGAAGAGUCGGCUUGCGCUGGGCAGAUCCGUGGUAAGUCUGCUACAGGUAGGAGUGCUGCACAUGCUAGUCAGUCAGGGAUGCGGGGCCAAGAAAUCGGGGCAGCUCACCACAUUCACCGAGGCGUUCGGCAAGCUCCCAAUGGUGAAGGAGCAGGGGAUCACGUGGGGCACUUAG